UUUGGAAACAAUGCGACCUGAAACUGGAAUAGUUAUUGCUGCCUUGUUCUGCAUGGGCUGCUGCGUGACACUGACAGCGCACAAGAAAGGCGUUCCAGAACUGCUUUGAGACUGUCCAUUGCCUGUUCCAUGUCUAAACUGUCUUGGCACAUUAGCCACCACUGGGAAAGAGGAGACCAAAUCUGGUCCUGGGUUGUGCCAAAGUGGGUCUCCAGUCCAGAUGGUGGUGAUGACAGACGGGGUCCCCCAUGGAGCAGGGACUGCCCCUUGUCCCCCUGGCUCCUCUGUGGACAACCACCUGCAGUAGGAGACCCUCUGAUCUGGCCAGAGUGCUAGUUGUCUGGGACUCCCGCUAGUUUGAAAACACACCAGAUUGUUAGCAGAUUGUGGAAGUGUCUGAUCUGGUUAGGCAUUUGUCUGGGGUUGUUGGGCAAAAGCCAGGUACACAUUUCCAUUCUAACCAAAAUGGAUGGACAAUUCUGGUAUCUAUUUCAUUCUGCUCUACAUUUCUUGAUUUUUAAGUGCAGUCAGAGAGAUAGACAGUGUCUCUGGUUAAAACAUUAUAAUAUUAGACAUAUUUAGCAGUCGUUUCCUUUAUAAACUGUGAUUUAGAGGAAAGAACAUGUUCUGCUUGCCAGAUGAAUUCAGUCAUAUUAGAUGUAGGUGAAAUGGAAUUGGUGGUUACAAUGUCUAUUCCCUUUUUUCAUUCACUACCUUCUACAGUGAGCCACUAUAAAGUCUGACAUUUUUCAUAAUUUAUGAUGAAGAAUGAUUUUUUCUUUUUGGGUAGCCUACUAAAAUGGAUGUAAAUUGAGCUAUACAAUGCUGACAUGAUUUUCUUAUAUUUUGUUUCUGUAAUUAACAGACAUCAUCAUAAGAGACAAUAAUUUAGUUAUUAUUCAUCUUUGAGUAAGAAUAGCUGACUGUUCCUUUUCUUUGACUGGCCUCACACAACAGCUUGAACAAACGGUAGCUCCUGGAAGGACCCUUGCUUAAGUCUCACACCCCAAUUAUCCUGGUUUGUGUCUAUGGCAAUUAGUGUUCCUCUUCAGUACAUUGUUUGAAUUGAAUUCAUUUGUCAUCAUUGACUUCUUAGACAUGUUCCCUCUGUUUCCACUAUUACACAGACUUCUAAAAAUACAUAUGGAAUUAGCACUGCAAAUAACAAGUAUCAUUGGUUUAUCAGUAUAAUUGUGAUCCUCAAUGUCUUAAAGAAUUAAAUAACUGAGUGUUAAUAACAACGUAACAAGGUUCUUGAUACAAUGAACGCAAUUAUUUCAUGCAAGUAAAUAGCUAAUUUGAUUGGAAGACCCAUCUCAAAUUGGUGAAUGUAAUGACCUUCUCAUAUGACAGUGGUUCAGUGAUGUUUGCUGCUGUUUUGAUUCAAUGGAAGCUAUUGUUCUCUAAAGCUCUUGCCAGGUUGUCAAUUGCAGCCGUCUGCAUUUCAGGGUAAUUUUAUUGUGUCAAGGGUCCAUCAUGGGUUGUGUUUUGUUGUGCAGCUGUUACAUAUUAUUUCAAUGCAUUUGAGUAGAAAGCUUUUUCGGCUCCCAUUUUCUGGAAGCAUGUUAUUCCUGGUUUGACAUACUUAGCUGAAGAGAUGCCAAGGUAUUAUUAUUAUUGUUCAUGGAUAUUAAUAGACCUUGCCAGAUAGCCUUAGCAUUGAGAUGAUACUCUCAGUGAAUGGUGUCCUCUUUCAAUGCAGAGAAAAGCAAAAGAGGGAAAUGAAACAGAUUUAUUGUCCUGAAAAGUAGCACUGACCUUCACUCCACUAGGCACUUAUAGGACUGGUUAGGGUAGCAGGGUAGCCUAGGUUAGAGCGUUGGACUAGUAACCGGAAGGUUGCAAGUUUGAAUCCCUGAGCUGCCAAGGUACAAAUCUGUUGUUCUGCCCCUGAACAAAGCAGUUAACCCACUGCUCCUAGGCCGUCAUUGAAAAUAAGAAUUUGUUCUUAAACGACUUGCCUAGUUAAAUAAAGGUUAAAAAAAUCUAUAAAAAAAUAAAGGUUAGGUGUGCAUGAUAAGUCCUUCAAACUCAAUUUGUGGCAUCAGUCUAAUGACCAGCCCUGUGUUUUAGCCUCUGGCACGUUUUCCUCUUUGAGAAUCUGUUGACAGAGGACAACUAAAGCAUUUGCCACUGUGGACCCUGUGAGUUUACCUAGUGAUACCCUGCCUGUGGCCUCUAACAGACUGCAUGUGUUGUAAAAACAGUCAAACCAGUCAGCCGCACAAGGCUCAUCUGGCCCUUACCCAUUAAGAGUGUCUGCUAAAUGAAUGCUCACUAAAAGGUCUCACUUGGUGUAGUGGGGAAGAACUACAACAGCAAACCAACACAAAGUUUGUCAGGGGAUCAGCAACAGGCUGACGCUGCUGGCGACUGUAGACGACCACUACAACAACCUUGUGAAGAUGUACAGCAACUGUACUGUGGUCCUGGAGAACCUAGAGCUCACCUACAUCCAGGACUACCACGACCUCUCCUUCCUCAAGUCCAUUCAGGAGGUUGGAGGAUACGUUCUGAUCGCCCUCAAUAAGGCAGCCAGCAUCCCUCUCGAGAACCUGCGUCUUAUCCGAGGACACUCCCUCUUCCUUGACAAGUAUGCCCUGACUGUAACAUCCAAUUACGAGAAGAAUCACUCCUCUGUGACCCUCAACUACACCCGGGGCCUGAGGGAGCUGAAGCUGAGUGGACUGACAGAGAUUCUCAAGGGAGGUGUGAAAAUUGCCCACAAUCCUUUGCUGUGUAAUGUGGAAACCAUCCAGUGGUGGGACAUGGUAAAUAAGGCCAUAAACCAUAGUAUGCACUUCAAACUGGAGAGCUAUGGCCGUUACUGUGACAAGUGUGACCCAGGAUGCUACAAUGGAUCAUGCUGGACCUCAGGACUGGAGAACUGUCAAACCUUUACCAAGCUGACGUGUGCAGAGCAGUGCUCUGGAAGGUGUAGGGGUCCUAAACCCAGUGACUGCUGUAACGAACACUGUGCUGCAGGCUGCACCGGCCCUAGGCCUACAGAGUGUCUGGCUUGUAGAGACUUCCAAGAUGAUGGCACAUGUAAGGAUGCCUGCCCCCCUACCAUGCUCUACAAUCCCAACACCCACCAGUUGGCUUCCAACCCUAAUGCCAAGUACACGUUCGGGGCCACUUGUGUGAAGGACUGCCCACAUAAUUAUGUGGUGACGGACCACGGGGCGUGUGUCAGAACGUGCAGCGGCAACACACACGAGGUGGAGGAGAAUGGUGUCAGGAGGUGCAAGAAGUGUGACGGAAUCUGUCCGAAAGUUUGCGAUGGACUUGGAAUGGGACUGCUUACUAAAGUGUUGUCAAUCAACGCGUCUAACAUUGAUUCUUUCAAAAACUGCACCAAAAUCAAUGGAGCUGUUUCAAUUAUGCAGACAUCUUUGGAUGGUGAUAGGUACACAUCAACACCAAAAAUGGACCCCGCCAAACUGGAAUAUUUCAAGACUGUGAAGGAAAUUUCAGGGUUUUUGCUGAUACAAGCUUGGCCCGAGCACCUCAACUCUCUCAGUCCAUUUGAAAACCUAGAGAUUAUCAGAGGAAGGACCAAGCAGUUUGGUCAGGUGAGUUUCGCUGCCCUGAACUUGGCCCAUCUGAAGUAUCUAGGCCUCCGCUCCCUGCGAGAGAUCAGCGAUGGCAAUGUUGUGGUGAAGAACAACCCCCAGCUCUGCUACACCAACGGAGACCACUGGAAGAGCCUGUUUAGAUUGGGCAAACAGUCCUCAACAGUGGGCAACAACGUCAACAUCAGCACCUGUGCCAAGCUAAACAGUACCUGUGAUGAGAUGUGCACUGACGAUGGUUGCUGGGGGCCCGGCCCCACCAUGUGUUUUACAUGCCUGUAUUACACCCGUAGGAGGCGCUGUGUACGGGCCUGUCACCUACAGGAGGGGGUGCCACGAGAGUAUGUACUGAAUAACAGGUGUCUAGAAUGUGACCCAGAGUGUAUGGUGAAUGGACCACAAAGCUGCUUUGGACCAGGCCCUGACAAAUGUUUGGCGUGCGCUCACGUCAAAGAUGGCCCCCACUGUGUAUAUCAGUGCCCACACGGCGUUCUCGGGGACGGGGAUAGGCACAUCUGGAAAUACACCGACAAGAAGCGAGAAUGUCAGCUCUGCCAUGAGAACUGCACCCAGGGAUGCUCUGGACCUGGACUGAGUGGCUGCAGCACCAGAGGUGGUCACGUUGCGUCGGUGGUGGUGGCCAGAGUGGUGGGAGGCCUCCUAGUGUUUGUGGUCCUCGCCCUGGGUGUUUUUGUGCUGCUCCGCAGACGCCACCUCGUCAGGAAGAGGACACUGCGCCGUCUGCUGCAGGAGAGAGAGUUGGUUGAACCCCUGACCCCAAGUGGAGAGGCCCCCAACCAGGCCCUGCUCCGCAUUCUGAAGGAGACUGAGUUUAAGAAGAUCAAAGUGUUGGGAUCAGGGGCCUUUGGAACUGUCUUUAAGGGCAUGUGGAUUCCUGAGGGAGAAAACGUGAAGAUCCCUGUUGCCAUUAAGGUGUUGAGAGAGGCCACUUCACCAAAAGCCAACAAGGAGAUUCUAGACGAGGCCUAUGUGAUGGCUAGCGUGGAGCACCCCCAUGUGUGUCGUCUACUGGGCAUCUGCCUGACAUCCACGGUGCAGCUCAUCACCCAGAUCAUGCCCUACGGCUGUCUGCUGGACUAUGUCAAGGAGAACAAGGACAACAUCGGCUCCCAGUGCCUGCUUAACUGGUGUGUGCAAAUCGCCAAGGGUAUGAACUACCUGGAGGAGCAUCACCUGGUGCACCGUGACCUGGCGGCCAGGAACGUUCUGGUGAAGACGCCUCACCACCUCAAGAUCACCGAUUUUGGACUGGCCAAGCUGCUCACCGCAGACGAGAAGGAGUACCACGCAGAUGGGGGCAAGGUGCCCAUAAAGUGGAUGGCACUGGAGUCCAUCCUUCACUGGACCUAUACACAUCAGAGCGAUGUGUGGAGCUACGGUGUGACCGUGUGGGAGCUGAUGACAUUUGGGUCCAAGCCAUACGAUGGCAUCCCGGCCAUUGAGAUAGCUGGAGUCCUGGAGAAAGGAGAGCGCCUGCCCCAGCCCCCCAUCUGUACCAUAGACGUCUACAUGAUCAUGGUCAAAUGCUGGAUGAUCGAUGCAGAGAGCAGACCACGGUUCAGGGAGCUCAUCUCAGAGUUCUCCAAAAUGGCCCGGGAUCCAUCUCGCUAUCUGGUCAUUCAGGGGGAUGAUCACAUGUACCUGCCCAGUCCCACGGAACCUAUGUUCUACCGUAGCCUGAUCAGUACAUCAGAGAACAUGGAGGAUGCUGAGGAGUAUCUUCACCCCUAUAAGGAUCUCUCCACCAGACAGACCACCCAGCACCACAACUCUAGGAAUGGCCAUCCAAUGAGAGAGAACAGUGUGAUCCUUCGCUACAUCACAGAUCCCACCCACGGUGGUUCUCUAGAGAAGGACAUCACAGACCCCACCCACGGUGGUUCUCUAGAGAAAGAUUUCCCAGCUCUUCCAGAAUACCUUAACCAGAACGGGAACACCAGGCUCUCUGACGUCUUCAACCCCAGCUAUGAGGACCCCACUGAGCCAGCCUGGGCUAGUAGGCCCUCCUCUGGGUACGACCCGGACGUCAAGUUCUUCAACUUCCUGCCGUGCGUGCUGGAGAACCCUGAGUACCACAACAUGGCCCGCAGUACCCUCCCUCGCUCCGUCUGCGAGCGCAUGGACAACCCAGACUACCAGGAGGACUUCCUGCCUCAGGCCACACCCACCAGAAGUCACUUCCUGCCUGCAGUAGAGAACCUGGAGUACCUCGGGUUGAGCGCUGCUGUACACGCCCCUGUACGCUAGGGGUUUCCUCCCACAGAACACAGGGACAGUGAGGGACUAUGAAACCUAAAGGAACUUGGAUGGAGACAGAUGUGGGACAUCAGGGAAGGGUUUGGAGAGAUUACAGUAGUGUGGUUGUCCCUUUAUUUAUGGAGUGAAUAGGCUUUUUGCGUCGUCCUUGGAUAUAAGUCAGCCGAAACCAAGAUGGCGUCUGUCAUGAAUUGAUGCUCCUGGGAAAUGUGUACUCUAUUUCAAAUCCAUGAGGCAUCCACAGGUGAGUUUGGGUGACUUUCCAAUCAGAAGAAUGAGCCAAAGCCUUGACAAUACAAUUAUGUCACGCAAGUAAUUUAUUUGUACACUGUUGUUUGGUCAGUUCGGGUCGAGUGUGUGAAAGUUUUUUUUUUUUUUUUUGUCUUGCCAUGAAAUGUGAAUGUGGAGUGAACUGAGUACACACUGAGAUACUGACCAUUAAGGUCAGUGGUGGACCUUAUGCUUACAUUGUAUUGUGGACACAGUUUAUUAGAGCUUUUUACUGUUGUACACACUUGAAGACCAAGAAACGAUUUUGGGUACCGAGAGCUAUUGGUAACUAAGAGGGUCAAUUCAAAGUAUUUUCAAAAAACGACACACAAAUGUACAGAUUGUGUUAGGCGUGCAUUGAUCUACACAAAAACGGUAAAUAAUGGCGACAUAUUCGGGUCUCACUCUUUAUCUUAGAAAGAAAACUGGUCUGUAAGUCUUGCUAGUAUUAAUAAUUUCAAUAAGGAUUGAAAACUGGAAGAGCACAAAUAGACACUAUAAAAGAACUCUAUGGGUGGAGAACGAUUAAAUGAAGGUGUGGCGGUGUGAAUUAAUGCCACCACCUCAAACCCCUCCCCCAUUAAUGUUUACCUAGCGUGUAAAGAUGGUGGAAUUAAUUAGAGUUCAGAAUACGGCGUGAAAAAAAACUAUAUAAACACAAAUAUAUAUAUAUAUAUUUUUUUUACUAAGUCUGGCUUUCAACUUACUCUUGAAAGUUGUAAUAGUAGAUGCACAAGGUGAAAUUUCAAAAUUGGGUAGUAAAAGCAUCAGUUUUCCUCUUGUCAGUCAUUGCAUACCUUGCGAACUAUUUAUAACUAAAGUCAAAUGUCCAGAUCAACUAGACCGUGUCGGCUAACGCAGGGGGGAUGCAGAUCUUCCCCAAUGCUGGAAGGGGGGCCUGAGUGAAAAAGUUUGGGAACCCCUGGUCAAGCAAACCUACUGGUUCUUUCAGAUAGAAAUAACAGCAUUAGCCAUGCAUUAUUGUUUACAACUUGAUAAGAGCUAGGUAAAUGAGUGAUCCGUUUGGAUAAGGGAAUUGUAAAUUACACUUGUUUUAGUUGAACACUACAUGACAAAAAGUAUGUGGACACCUGCUCGUCGAACAUCUAAUUCCAAAAUCAUGGGUAUUAAUAUAUUGCUGCGGGGACUUGCUUCCAUUCAGCCACGAGCAUUAUUGAGAUUGGGCACUGAUGUUGGGCGAGUAGACCCGGCUCGCAGUCAGCCCAAAGGUGAUCGAUGGGGUUUAGGUCAGGCCAGUCAAGUUCUUCCACACUAAUCUCGACAAUAGAUUUCUGUAUGGACUUCACUUUGUGCACAUGGGCAUUGUCAUGCUGAACCAGGAAAGGGCCUUGCCCAAACUGUUGCCACAAAGUUGGAAGCACAGAAUCAUCUAGAAUGUAUGCUGUAGCGUUAAGAUUUCCCUUCACUGGAACUAAGGGGCCUAGCCCGAACCAUGAAAAACAGCCCAGACCAUUAUUCUUCCUCCACCAAACUUUACAGUUGGCACUAUGCAUUAGGGCAGGUAGUGUUAUACCAGGAUCCGCCAAACCCAGAUACGUCCGUCGGACUGCCAGAUGGUGAAGCGUGAUUCAUCACUCCUGAACACGUUUCCACUGCUCCAGAGUCCAAUGGCGGUGAGCUUUACACCACUCCAGCGGAUGGUUGGCAUUGUGCAUGGUGAUCUUAGGCUUGUGUGCGGGUACUCGGCCAUGGAAACCAAUUUUAUAAAGCUCCCGACAAACCGUUAAUGGUGCUGAAGUUGCUUCCAGAGGCAGUUUGGAACUUGGUAGUGAGUGUUGCAACUGAGGACCAACGAUUUUUACGCGCUUCAUCACUCGGUGGUCCGUUCUGUGAGCUUGUAUGGCUUACCACUCCCGGGCUGAGCCGUUGUUGCUCCUAGACAUUUCCACUUCACAAUAACAGCACUUACAGUUGACCGGGGCAGCUCAGCAUGGCAGAAAUUUGACGGACUUACUUGUUGGAAAGAUGGCAUCCAAUGACGGUGCCACGUUGAAAGUCACUAAGCUCUUCAGUAAGGCCAUUCCACUGCCAAAGUUUGUCUAUGGAGAUUGCAGGGCUAUGUGCUCAAUUUUAUACACCUGUCAGCAACGGGUGUGGCUGAAAUAGCCGAAUCCACUCAUUUGAAGUGGUGUCCACAUACUUUUGUAUAUAUAGUGUAGAUAAACAUUUAGAGAUUUGAGGAUAGGAGCGUGAACAGUGUCACGUGGACUGUUAGCUCUUGUUAACAGCAGAUACGUCAGAUUAUUUGUGAAAUUUCUACUUGUCUAACAAAACAUUUUUUUACAAUGGAGAUUGUUUUAACAACCUGGAUUUGUCUCUAUCCUCGAGUUGAACAUCCACAUGUGAAUUAAUUUAUGAGUGUACAGUACCAAUUCAGAUGUAUUUCCCCAGAAAUCAGCAGUCUUAAACCAAUGUUAGGAAAAAGUUAGCUACUUGUACAUAAAUGAACAUUCCCUGGAAAGCC